UCACUUUCCCAAUUUCUCCCUCUUUCUUUCUCACUCUCACUAAAUUAGGGUUUUCAAAAAAUCAUGAAAAAACACCCAAAAUCAACUCUAUUCCAAAACCAUCCUCUCCACAAUAAUCCACCGCCACUGAGCACGAUGAAACCGACACGAUCCAAUACUCGAAAACAGAAACCGAGCAAAGAAAACGCUCCGCCUGUUGACGCUAACAUCAUUUUAGAUGCUGCAAAACCUUCUCCUUCUGUUAAACUCAAAUCACAUCUUCCACCACGGCCUCCUAAUCCUCUUAAGCGAAAGCUCGGCAACGAUUUUCAUCCCGAAAAUGCCUUACCUUCCGGAUCUUCAGAUACUGGAGUUAAGGUGAUAGUAAGAAUGAGGCCAAUGAGUAAAAAUGAAGAAGGAGAGACAAUAGCUGAGAAAAUUUCUGCUGAUUCGUUGUCGAUACUCGGACAACAGUUUUCGUUCGAUUUUGUCGCGGAUGAGACGUCAUCUCAGAUUGAAAUGUUUCAGCUUGUGGGAAAGCCUCUUGUUGAAAAUUGUUUAGCCGGAUUUAAUAGUUCUAUAUUUGCUUAUGGACAGACCGGGAGUGGGAAAACGUACACCAUAUGGGGACCUGCCAAUGCUCUGGUUGAAGAAAAUUUGUCUAAUAACGAACAAGGCUUGACACCCCGUGUUUUUGAACUGCUUUUUGCUCGUAUAAAUGAGGAAGAAAAGAAACAUGCUGACAAACAACUUUUGUAUCAAUGCCGAUGUUCGUUUCUUGAGAUCUAUAAUGAGCAAAUAACCGACUUGCUGAAUCCAUCUCAAAGGAACCUACAUCUAAGAGAGGAUACAAAAACUGGUGUCUAUGUUGAAAAUUUGACCGAGGAGACUAUUUGUAACAUGAAAGAUGUGACACAGCUCCUCAAAAAGGGUCUGUCAAAUAGGAGAACUGGUGCAACUAAUCUAAACAUUGAGAGCUCACGUUCACAUAGUGUGUUCACUUGUGUCGUUGAGUCACGAUGCAAGAGCAUGGAUGGUCUGAGCUGCUUCAAAACAAGCCGGAUGAAUCUUGUUGAUCUUGCUGGCUCAGAGAGACAGAAGUUAACUGGUGCAGCUGGAGAGCGUUUGAAAGAAGCUGGUAAUAUAAACCGUUCACUUUCACAGCUAGGAAAUCUGAUUAAUAUUUUAGCCGAAGUCUCCCAAACAGGCAAGCAGAGGCAUAUACCUUACAGAGAUUCCAAAUUGACAUUUUUGCUGCAGGAAUCCCUUGGUGGAAAUGCAAAACUUGCUAUGGUUUGUGCUAUUUCACCAGCUCAAAGCUGUAGAAGUGAAACAUUUAGUACACUCCGAUUUGCUCAGCGUGCCAAGGCUGUCAAGAACAAGGCAGUCGUGAAUGAACAAAUGCAGAAUGACGUGAAAACAUUGCGUGAAGUGAUCCGACAACUGAAGGAUGAAUUGAUACGCAUGAAGUCAACUGGAAACCAAGCUGACCCAAGCACAGGCUAUUCAACAGGGUGGAAUGCUCGCAGAAGCCUAAAUCUGUUAAAGUUUAGUCUCCAUCAUCCAAUGAUUUUACCUCGCGUAGAUGAUGAUGGGGAUGAAGAAAUGGAAAUUGUUAAGGAAGAAGAACAAGCUCCUUCACCAAGCAAGAUAGGUGCAUCUGUCAUCAAGCCUAUUGACCGGAAAGAUUCUGAGGACGAUGUUAAUAUGGAAGAAGACAUCCCUGAGCAAGCUGGAAAAUUUGAGGUGUCACUUGGUCAUAAUAUUGAAACCAAUGGAGUAAAGGAUGCGUCGACUCAAAAUGGCCCAGGGGAUUGUGUUUCUCCUAAUUUACCCAUUGGGCCAUCUGAAAUAUCCCCAAUCCUCAAGUCACCGACUAUAAGUGUUUCCCCAAUAGCUAAUAGCAGUAGCAGGAAAAGUUUGAGGACUUCUUCAAUGUUAACUGCUUCUCAAAAGGAAGUCACACAAGCUACUGCUUCUGAACAAUCGAAAAGCAUUCCCUUGAAUGCUCGGUCUGCCCACAUUAAUAAAAGCUGUUUGCCAAGUGACCAUUUGACCACCAGUCUCCACCAUGGACUGGAAGUAAUUGAUAGGCAUAACAAAAGUUCUGCUUUUACCCGAUCUUUAUUCAGGCUUCCUUACAAAAUUUUAGACAGCAAGCCAGUGUUGGUUAAAAAAGAUGUUGGCGUGCAAGCUCUUCUUCAAGGUAGCGAUAUAGGAGUGAACCCCGUGGUUUUGUGUAAAAAUUGCAAGUGUAUAAGCUCUCCGAAAGUAAAAGAUGGAAUCGAUUGUCCAAACUUACAGUUGGUUCCUGUUGAGGGGUCAAAAUCAGAAGAUAGAUCUAAGCAGCUGGUUCCCAAAGCAGUUGAGAAGGUCUUGGCAGGCGCUAUAAGGAGAGAGAUGGCCUUAGAAGAGCUCUGCACUAGACAAGACUACGAAAUUAACCAACUUAAUCGUUUGUUACAACAAUAUAAACAUGAACGAGAAUGCAAUUUAAUUGUUGGACAAAUACGAGAAGAUAAAAUUGCUCGUCUUGAGAGCUUGAUGGAUGGUAUUUUGUCUUCUGCGGAGUUUAAAGAUGAUGAAUUGGCUUCUUUGAGAAAUGAGAAUAAAAUUCUGAAGGAGACCUAUGAGAACAACCCUGAAGCUCUAAGGACUGAAAUUGAGUUUAAAAGAGUUCAAGAUGAAAUAGAGCGUUAUCAGAACUUUUUUGACUUGGGAGAGAGGGAUGUCCUGUUGGAAGAAAUCCAAGAUUUGAGAACCCAACUUCAAUCUUAUAUGGAUUCUUCAUCCAAUUUGUCUAAAAAACAGACUCCCGUCUUGCAAAUAACCUAUUCAUCUGACCCUAGCGUAGCACCACCUUUAAGCACAGUACAAGAGUCAGCUGAUCAGAAAUUUCAAUUAGAGAGAAAUCGUUGGAAUGAAGCCGAGAGUAAAUGGAUAUCCCUCGUUGAAGAUUUGGAGCGUGAACUUCAAGCUAGCCGCUUACUUGUCGCAAAGCAAAACCAGGAACUGGAUACUGAGAGGAAAUGUUCCAAAGAGCUGAAAGAAGCCAUGCAAAUAGCCAUGGAAGGUCAUGCAAGAAUGCUUGAACAAUAUGCAGAUCUAGAGGAAAAACAUAUAAAUCUGCUUACGACCCAAAGGAGAAUUGACGAUGGAAUUAUGGAUAUAAAAAAGGCAGCUGCUCGAGCUGGGGUUAGGAGUGCUGAAUCAAAAUAUAUUAACGCCCUUGCAACAGAAAUUUCAACUUUGAAAGCAGAAAAGGAGAAAGAGAGACAUCACUACAGGAAUGAGAUUAAUGGUCUCCAGGCUCAAUUAAGAGAUACCACUGAAGCUGUACAGGCUGCUGGUGAAUUACUUGUUCGACUUAAAGAAGCAGAAGAAGCUAUUGCUUCUGCCGAGGCUCGGGCAAGGGAUGCCGUACUGGAAAAGGAGAAGGCUUGCAAACUGAUAGAAAAAUUAAAAAGGAAACAUCAGAAUGGGGUGACGGCGUCACCUCCAUUUUGUGGCAUACCAACAUAUGAUGAAGGUGCUGAGCCAUAUAGCACAGGUGACCAACAAGCUAGAGAUGAAUUUGACAAAAUUUACAAUGAAGAUGGAGAGUUGACUAAAUUACCAGAACCCUCUACAUGGUUCUCUGGGUAUGACAGUUGCAACAUAUAGGUAGGUUGAAUUUGGAAUUUAGAUUUGUACGUAUUAUUAGAAAAUUCUUGUAUAAUAUGUAACUUUUACAGGGUUAAGUCUUUUUUUGGCCCUCCCACAAGGGGUUGUUCUCACCAACUGUGAGGACCAAUGUAUUGGUUUAUCUUGUCCUCCGUGUAUCCUUUCAAACAUUUUGCGUGAAUCCAUAUCCAUUCCAGUGCCA